GGCUCAAUUCACAGUGCCUGGCCCCUCCUACAUCAGUUGACAACUCAUUUCUCAGACAUGACCCCAGGCCAGUCUGUUGGAGGCAACGCUUCAUUGAGUUCCCUCUUCCCAAAUGACUCUUAAGUGUUUGUCAUGUUGACAGCUGAAGUGACUGUGACACACCUCCGAGAGAAUACAAGAUAGCCAACCGUUGCCCAGGAACCAAUACAAUGGAAACAAUUAUGUGAAUUUUUUAUAGACACAAAACAAAAGAAGCUCAUGAUUUAUUAAAGUAUCUAUCCAUCCCAUGCAAUGCCAAGUGAUUUCACCUCUGCAAAGCUGAGAAGUGAUUGCUCAAGGACCUCCCUGCAAUGGUACACCCAAACCCAGCACAAGAUGAGAAGACCCAGCUUGUUAUUAAAAGACGUCCUCAAGUGCGUGGUGGUUGUGCUCGGAGUCUGGCUCCUGUACAUCCUCAAGAUGAAUUACACUGCUGAAGAAUGUGACUUGAAAAGAGUGUAUUAUGUGGACCCUGCCCAGAUAAAGAGAGCUCAGAGAUAUGCUCAGAAAGUCUUACAGAAGGAAUGUCGGCCCAUGCACGCAAAGAAUACUAUGGCUCGGGUAUUUGGGGACGGAUACAGCAUCAACUUGGAGCCUUUUGUGCAGAAGGGCCCCAUGGCCAGUGAGGAGCUCAAGUACGACCCGCCUUUUGGAUUCCGGAUGUUCUCCAGUAAAGUCCAGAGCCUGUUGGAUAUGCUGCCUGAGCAUGACUUUCCUCAACACUUGAGAGCCAAGCACUGCAAGCGCUGUGUGGUUAUUGGGAACGGGGGCAUCCUUCGUGGACUAAAGCUGGGCCACGCCCUCAACCAGUUCGAUGUGGUCAUAAGGUUAAACAGUGCACCAGUUGAGGGUUAUUCUGAACACGUUGGAAAUAAAACUACUAUAAGGAUGACUUAUCCGGAGGGGGCUCCACUGUCGGAUGUUGACUACUACGCCAAUGACUUGUUCGUUACUGUUUUAUUUAAGAGUGUUGAUUUCAAGUGGCUUCAAGCAAUGGUAAAAAAUGAAAGCCUGCCAUUUUGGGUUCGUCUCUUCUUUUGGAAGCAGGUGGCAGAAAAAAUCCCACUCCAGCCAAAGAAGUUCAGGAUUUUGAACCCAGUUAUCAUCAAAGAAACUGCCUUCGACAUCCUUCAGUACCCAGAGCCUCAUUCAAGACUCUGGGGUCCUGAUAAGAAUAUCCCCACGAUCGGUGUCAUUGCCAUUGUCUUAGCUACGCAUCUGUGUGAUGAAGUCAGCCUGGCAGGCUUUGGGUACGACCUCAGUCAACCCAGGACCCCUCUGCACUACUUUGGCAGUCAGUGCAUGGGCGCCAUGAACUGGCAAGCUAUGCACAAUGUGACCACAGAGACCAAAUUCCUCCUGAAGCUCAUCCAGGAGGGCGUGGUGGAGGACCUCAGUGGCGGCAUCCACUGAGAACUGUGAGCACAGCAAACCUCACUUGGAAAUGCAGCUGUGAGCUGUGGUGAGCAGCCUCCAAGGAGUUAACCCCGCAGCUGUUUUGACAUGCAGCUAGUGUUUUUUUUUUUUUUAACUCAAUUUUAAAAAAAGAAAGAACAACAGCAACAACAAAAGUUCAGCUCUUCGCACCGCUUUGUCCUAUUUAUUUGAAGUCAGUGUUGGGUUUUGCACAAUUUUAUAAGUUAAUUUUUUAAGAAUGGGAUUGGAAAGACUUUUCAAAGAGAAUUGUAUGGUUUAUUGUAUUUUAAGGAAGUAAUUUAAUUUGCAAAAUUGUGCACAUGGACUCUGCCCAGGUGUUGAGGUGGGAGGAGAGGGGCUUCUGCCCCUUUGAUGAUGGCCCCCAAUGCCUGAUUCUGGGGUCUGCUGCUCUCUUUGCUAGAACUGAUGGCAGAGAAACUUGCUGCCUCCUGGAUGAAGGGCUUUCUCUGGCAGCUGCAGGAGGCUGGGAGCCUGGCCUGCUGAACAAGUUCAUACCCCCUUCCUGCUAGUCCGUCUGCCAGAAGACUCACAGGACUCAAGCAGGGCAGCUGUCCCAGGGGCUGCUGGUUGGUGAGCCACUGUCAACUGAGUACCGUGAUGUUGCCCCAGGAUGGAAGAUGCCACACUUCCUACACUGUCAGGGCAUUUUUAAACUUCUGGAGAAGUCUGUGUGUAUGUGUGUGUGUGUGUGUGUGUGUUUUCAUUCGUUUUGUCCUUCCAAAGCACUGAAGUAUUAUUUAAGGCUCUCUGCUCUUUGUCUGAGAUGGUUCAUCAAAGUUAGGACAAAGCCUUCGUUAUACAGAGCCAUGGGGAACAAGCCCUCUCCGGGAUGAUCACAUUUCUGAAACACUGGAGUGAAAUCUCCCCCAUUGUUAUAACUUAAGAAACAAAUUUGAAAUGCCCUGAAGUGCAUACCAAGCAAGGAGGAGGAGGAGGAGGAGGAGG